CCCCAGGUGGCCUGUGAGUACGGCAUGGUGCACGUGGUCUCCGAGUCAGGGGGCCCCAGAGGCAAGGACUACUGCAUUCUCUACAACCCACAGUGGGCCCACCUGCCCCACGACCUGAGCAAAGCGUCCCUCCUGCAGCUGCGGGACUGGACGGCCUCUGUGCUCUGCUCUCCGCCUGACCUCCCGGCCAAAGGCUUCAGCAACCAGAUCCCGCUGGUGGCGCGGGGAAACUGCACCUUCUACGAGAAAGUGCGGCUGGCCCAGGGCGGCGGGGCGCGCGGACUGCUCAUCGUCAGCAGGGAGACGCUGGUCCCUCCAGGAGGCAACAAGACACAGUACGAGGAGAUCGAUCCCGUGGCCCUGCUCAGCUACAAAGACAUGCUGGACAUUUUCAAGAGUUUUGGCCGAUCGGCGAGGGCAGCGCUGUAUGCCCCCAACGAGCCCAUGCUUGACUACAACAUGGUCAUCAUCUUCGUCAUGGCCGUCGGCACCGUCGCCCUCGGGGGCUACUGGGCCGGGAGCCGGGACGUGAGGAAAAGGUACAUGAAACACAAGCGGGACGACGGGCCCGAGAAGCAGGAGGACGAGGCCGUGGACGUGACGCCCGUCAUGAUCUGUGUCUUCGUGGUCAUGUGCUGCUCCAUGCUGGUGUUGCUGUACUACUUCUACGACCAGCUCGUCUAUGUGAUCAUAGGGAUCUUCUGCCUGUCCUCCUCCACGGGCCUCUACAGCUGCCUGUCUCCACUGGUCCAGAGGCUGCCGUUCGGCAGAUGUCGCCUGGCGCUCUGGCGCAGGGAGCUGGGCAUGUUCUGGACGGGCAGCGGCUUUGCGAAGGACCUACCUCAGUCUCCUUGGGCGGCGUCUUCAGCCGACGGCCCCCAGCCCCAGAUGGACUCAGACACUGGCCUCUCCCAGCCGCCUCCAGGCGAAGGACUGGCCAAGUGCUCCCUGCCCACGAAGGAGCCCGCGGCAUUGUCUGCGCCCGAGGAGACCGGGGCCAGAGCACCCCCCCAGGAGCCCACGAGCCCAGCCAGCCGCACCCCUGAACCCACAGGCCCAGUAGGCGCCUCGGCCUAG